AUGCGAACACUUUGUGACUCUUGUGAAAGCGCAGCUGCAAUCGUAUUUUGCGCUGCGGACGAGGCUGCUCUUUGCCCUGCCUGUGAUGAGAAGGUCCACAUGUGCAAUAAGCUUGCUAGCCGACACGUACGGGUUGGUCUUGCAACUCCCAGUGAAGUUCCCCGGUGUGAUAUCUGUGAAAAUGCACCUGCUUUCUUUUAUUGCGAGAUAGAUGGAAGUUCCCUUUGUUUGCAAUGUGACAUGGUUGUUCAUGUUGGAGGCAAAAGAACACAUGGAAGAUAUCUUGUACUUAGACAGAGAGUUGAGUUUCCAGGAGAUAAACCUGGUAAUGUUGAUGACCCGGCUUCCCAACCCAUUGAUCCGGGUGAGACCAGAAGAGUACAACAUCAGCCACCUAGAAUGACAAUAGGAGAGAACCAGCAAAAUCACAGAGCGUCUCCUAUUCGUAUAUCAGAUGCCAAUGCUGAUGGGCAUGUAAAGAUGGAUACUAAAUUGAUUGAUUUGAACAUGAAGCCUCAUCGGAUGCAUGAACAAGCUUCAAAUAAAGAGGUUAGAGUGUUUUCAUUGUUCACUGGGACUAAUGCAACAUAUCCGGAAGCAUCGGCUUCUGCAGAUUACUUCACCAGUUGCCUGAAGGGUGCUUCAUCAUAUGCCCCGGUUAUCUGCUGCUUCAAGUGGAGCUUUUAA